GGUGGCCGACAGGGGUCGCUGCACUGCAACAAAAGAAAACACAUGCAAAUAGAAAAAACACCAGCAAAUAAAGAAAACAUCUUCAUCAGUUUGACAACACAUGCGCUGCAAAAACUCGCAACACAUCCAAAUUCAGAAAACACGUUGCAAAUUCUUAAAACACAAACAAAAACAGAAACGCGUUCCAAAACUCACAACACGAACAAUAACACAAAAGCGCUGCAAGUUCUAAAAAAACACGACCAAUAACAGAAACGCGCUGCAAGCGGAUCAAACGACAACGGAAGUGUUUCAGGGGGGACGCAAAAAGUGAUGCACCAGUCUGGGAAAUGUUUCCGGUUUACGUUCAAUUCGUCCAUGGAGCUCUCUACGUCGAUCAAAUAUCAGAAUGUAUUGUCCAUUCUGUGGCUUCAAAUGGCCAGACUUGCCCAAAUUUUGCUGUUCAUGUGGGCGAAAUGUAGCAUUUGUAACGGAGAACACAGCUAAAACUGCGGGUGAUGACCAGGGGUCAUGUGAACCUCUGCCCAAAGUGACUGAUACUCGUGGCAUUCCAGCUACAGUGACUGAAACACGUACCAUUCCAGCAAAUUCGUCUGUUCUCCAGUUCAUGAAAUACAGACAACUAAAAGAAACUGAAAGGAGAACAUUCUCUAGAAGUAAAAAGAAAUUAAAGAAAACAGUGAGGGUUUCUGUUGGGGUCAUGAGUAAGAAAAGGCAUGACUUCAAGCCCAUAAGAGGGAAAAACCUGCCUUUAAAUGUUGAACCUGAGUGGUCCUCUGAGCAACUUUUGGCAGCUGCCAUUAAAAAACUAAAGGACUUCAAUCAAGACAUGGAAGAUGGAGAAUAUGUCUUGCUUUAUCCUGAUGGCUCUCAGAUAAAAAAUAUCCCUGGGACUGACACACCCUUUACCAUUGGUCAAUACAAAGAGGCUAUUGGAAAAGCUUAUCAAAGGAUCACAUUUUACAUCUGCACACUUAAGGCUUUUUUGUCAAAGGGUUAUGGAGAAGACUCGUUUUCAGAAGAUGAGGAUGAUGAAGUUGUUGUUAAUGUUCCACCCAAUAGGUCACCUCUUUCUGACACAGUGCUUUGGUCAAGUCCUGAAAGCAGUACACCAGAGCCUAGACAUUGGUCAACUGCAACUUCUGAGCCAUCAACAUCCCAGUCAUGUAAUGAGCAAGGGCUGCAUCCCAAAAGUGCAACAACAUCCCAACAGGCCAAGAGUACAACAAGACUCCAACAGGCAACCACCCCAGUGGAUCAUUUCACAUCAAGUGACUUUUACGAUACAUAUACCAACAUCUACGCACCUGUUAUUAUUGACAGCAGUUCAUCAGAUCUUGAGGAAGUAGAAAAAUAUCAAGAGAAAGAGAAAGACAGUGAUGGACAAGAUGGACUGACAGCUGCAGACAUAGUGUCAAAUCUGUCACAUAAGCUUAACACAACAUCCUGUAGCAGAUUUAACAUUAAUCGGGCCAAUGUCUGGGAUGGUGCCUUAAGAGGUUUCAGGCGCUGCUCAUUUGAUCCCGCCUGCAGCAUGUUGGUGAAAUUUACAGAUGAUGCUGGCCUGAUGGAAGAGGCUUUGGACAGUGGUGGGCCGACUCGAGAAUUUUUAACUCUGUUGAUGGAUGCCAUCAAAACGAGAAGAGUAUUUGAAGGCAAAGACAAUGCCAAAUACCUCUCAUAUGAUAGUAAAGCUGCAGAAGACAAUGAGUAUUUCCACAUUGGGAGAAUGAUCGCAGUAUCCAUUGUCCAUGGAGGCCCAGGUCCUGCUUGUCUUUCCCCCAACUUUUUCCUUUACCUAAUUGGUAAAGUAAAGACAGUUGAUGCCCCAAUUGAGGAUAUACCUGAUGAUGAGGUCAAGAAGGCCCUCCUUGAGAUAAAAAAUGCUACAUCACUGAGUGAACUCCAGGGAAUCUGUGAACAACACUCCAGCAUGCUUCAGACCGCAGGCUGCUAUCGAUUUUUGAGGACUGUGGAGGAUAAGAUGAAAGUAGUUAAUGAUUAUAUUCAGUGGUAUUUUAUCUACCGAAAUCAUCUUUCAAUCCAGAGGUUCAAAGAGGGACUAGCAACACUUAAUGUUUUUAAUGCCUUGGAGCAGCAUCCUUCACUCUUCUUCUCAUUCAUGUGCUACACUGAGAGCAAGCUGACGGCUGAUGCUGUAGAGAACCUCUUCCACGUUCAGCUUAGUGAACCCGGAAGCACUAGCCGUCAGGAGGAGGCCAGAGUACUGAGCUACUGGCGAGAUUAUCUGCUUUACUUGGAAGAAAAAGAGGCUAGUCCUUCUUUGGAGGAUGUCCUUAUGUUUGGAACUGGGCUAAAGAAAGUUCCUCCUGCUGCAAUACACCCAAAGCCAGAGCUAGUUUUUCAGAAAAAAUCACGCUUUCCUGUGGCAAAUGUAUGCUCAAACACAAUCAAAAUUCCAGUCUUACCCAGUUAUGAAGAGUUUCAAGAAGCCAUGGAUUAUGGCAUACAAAACUCCCCUGGGUUUGGUCUUCCUUGAAACCAGGGUUGAGAUCUUUUUUUUUUUUAUUCAAAUUUAAUUACUGCAAGUGUUCCACUGUUCUAUCCUGUUUUGGAAUUUUGGCAUCUUCAUAUAACUUAAGUUUUAACCUGCACUUGUCACUUUAACAUUUAAAGCUACUUAACAAAUACCACGCUCAGGUUAAAGGUUUUGGUUGUAUAUUGAUAUUCAAGACUGUAUACUGAUGAUGAAUAUACACUAGGAAGAUAAAAUAUACAUUUAUUUUGACAUUU